GGCAUGCUGGGGAGUGUAGUCCCCGAUCCGCCUUCGGCCGCCGCGCGGGGUGUGUCGGGACGGCGCAGGGGCAACAUGGCGGCGGCCGGGCUGCGGGGCUUCUUCUCCGCGGCGGCGCGCCGCACCGGUGUCCGCACACCACAGCCCUGCCGCUCACAGGCUUCAGCAGAGAUGCAGACCAGGCCGGACCCCGCGGGGCCGCCACCCAUCGAGUACAUCCCCACGCGCAAGGCCAAGAACCCCAUGCGCGCCGUGGGGGUGGCCUGGGCCAUCGGCUUCCCCUUGGGCAUCCUCCUCUUCCUCUUCACCAAGCACAAGGUCGACCACAACCGUGUCGAGCAGCUCCAGAGCCUCCAGAACAUGAAGAGGGCCAACGUGGGGCCCGAGGCGGAGCAGCAGUACCGGGGGGUGCUGCACAGGGCGGGGCGCACCUAGCCGGGUCCCACGGGGCCUGAAUAAACCUGAAGCAGCACGAA